ACGUACUAUUCAAGAAAAAGAAAAAAAGAAUAAAUGAAAAUUAAAAGAGAACAGAAAUCCCCAUUUCACCGCUCCGGACGACGCAGGGUUUGAACGACGGCGAGUAGCAAGAAGAAGGAAAACCAUUCGUCGACUCGUCUUUCUCUAACAUCCAUGGUUUUCCAGUAAUGGCAUGGUUUUUCUGAGACAUAGCCUAGACUAACUGUACAUAUUUGUUGAUCAUUGAACUUUCGGCUUCAAGUCUGUGGAUAGAAAUGGAAACAAAGAUUGCAAAGGCAUCAGAAAGUCAUAGUCAAGUUGCGGUUGGCUUCAAGAGAAAGCGGGCAGCCCGAUGUGAUGAACAUUUCCCUGGAGCAAAACGCGUAGUGUUACCUCUGCAGUCUACCUUGAAUUCUUCCAAUCCCGAGCUUGCCAAGCGGAGGAAAUUGGAUGGAUUUAAAAGCAAGUGUGGCGAUUGUUAUCUUUUUAGAAAAUCUAUACUUAGAAAUUAUUCAAAUUUCACUAAGAGUGAGCUCCCUCAGCGUUUGAUGUUUUAUCAGAGUGGCAAAUGGACUGAUUUUCCUCAGGACUUUGUUGGUAUGGUUAAAAAAGAUCUGCAGGUGAAAAAAACAGUCACCGAAGUGGAGUUUGAUGGUCAUCCGUUUUUGCUGGAUUUUUUGCACAUGAUGCGGUUGGAUCUGAAGACUGGUAUCCAGCAGCCAAUUGCCUGGAUUGAUGAAGUAGGUAACUGCUUCUUUCCAGAAAUCUUUUGUGAUGAUGACGAGAUUUGUGAUGAUGACGAACUACAUGAAUGCUGCCACCAUGAAUGUAAGAAAUAUCAUAAGCAUCUCUUUUCAGAGCCACUCAGCUUAAGUGAUAUCAAGCUGCAGAUUGAAAUUGAAAUAAAUGGAUCAGAUUGUUCUAAGUUGAAGGAAUCUAGUGGAGAGUCAAAUGUUUUUGUAAAGACAAUCCAAGUUGACCAAGAACCUGCUGGCAAUCACUGUGAUGUAGGGGUUGAAAAUAGCCGUGUCAGGACAACUGAUGCAAAAGUCGACGAGGCAGUGGGAGAAAAUCAACAAAUAGAAGACAACUUGAUCAGAAGAAUUGAUUCCAUACAUGGAGUUUUGAAUUCUGAUACAGUGAGGGAAAUGUUUUUUAUUGGCAUGAGUUCAUAUACCAAUGCUAGCAUAGUUGAAAUAGUUCGUGGCUCUAGUAAUUUAGUGCAAGCUCGUUUGGAGAUGUUCCAGAAGCAGGUUGAAAUUACCAAAAAGUAUCGUGGGGAUGCAAAUGUUCGAUAUGCUUGGCUUCCUUCUUCUAAAGGAUCACUGUCUAGUAUCAUGACUUAUGGGCUUGGGCACUGUGGACCAUUUGGACCAUUCAAAUUUAAGUCCACGUAUGGCAUUGGUGUUCAUCUUGCACCUGCUAAUUGCACUGAUAUCAGUGCAAAUUAUUGUGAUAUUGACGAAAAUGGGGUACGACACAUGGUAUUCUGUCGCGUAAUAAUGGGAAAUAUGGAGCUUGUUCAUCCUGGAUCCAAACAGUUCCAUCCCAGUAGCGAGGACUUCGAUAGUGGAGUCGAUGAUCUUCAAAUUCCAAGACAUUAUAUAGUUUGGAAUAUGAAUAUGAAUACCCAUAUUUACCCAGAAUAUGUUGUUAGUUUCAAAGUCUCUUCCAAUGCUGAAGGUUUUUUGGUCCAAAAUGAGAGCAAGGUUGAUGUUUCAGGGGUCAGUGCUUGUAGUCAGGGGCCGCAGGUCCAGUUGCAGUUGAGUUCAUCUCCAUCUGAUUUGGUUCCAGUCAAGAAAACUCAAGUUACUGAAGAAAAAGUUGCUAAUCUGGAUUGCUCUAGAAAAACUCCAAAGUCCCCUUGGAUGCCCUUUCCAAUGUUGUUUGCAGCCAUCUCAAAGAAAGUCCCUGCUAAAGAUAUGGAACGGAUAAAUACUUAUUAUGAGUUAUUCAUGAAGAAGAAUAUAACUCGGGAUGAAUUCAUCAGAAGGUUGAGGUGCAUAGCUGGGGACGCUUUGUUGAGGUCUACAAUAACAGAUCUUCAGUCAAAGAAUUGCUGAUGCUGAAGCAACCUGUUAUUCAAAAUAUCCAUGUGGAUCCAAAACCCUUUCGUCAUCAACAAAUAUUCAACCUACACAAUUGUGGUCUUCCUCCAAAUCUUGUUCAAGUACUCUUUGCACAUUCCUUGUGUUCAUCAAUUAAUUUUUUUGCCUUUUCUCUUCUGUGUGGGUUCGUCAAUGCAUUAAUUUGCCAUUCCAAUAUUAUCAGUUAUAUGUCCAGCUAAGACAAAGCCAACUUGACGGAAACUGUAAUAGGUUCAGACUGUUCAGUUGAGGAGACUAUUAUUGAAGUCGAUAUUAAAAUUAGAUAAAUAUACUUGUACAUGAGGUUUGGAGAAGGGUGAUAGGGUAUUGUAUUCAGUGUUAUUCAAGGCUCAAGGCGCACCAAGGCGCUAGAGGUCCUUUGGAGCCUAGGCGCGAGGCACACGGCGAGGCGCGCACCUGAGUGAAGUGAGGCGCACAAUUGAAAUUUUAAACUACCAUAGUAGCAUUCAUAUCUCACAAGUCAUAUCAAUAUUCUAAAAAUUAAUAUCAAAUACAAAAAAGUAAAUCCAUCAACUAUAUAAGCAUUCAAGAACCAUAAAAGGUAGCACAAAUUUGUUUCUUGAAAGUCAAAACAGAGUACAAAAAUAAAUAAAUCUAUUAAAAAAAAUUGUUAACAAGAAAAGAAAAAAAAAAAAAAAUAGAGCCAAAAAAGAAAAAGAAAAAAGAGGCAGAGACAAAAGAAGUAGAUGAAGAUAGAGUAGUAGAUGAGAAAAGAGUGUGUGUUAAAGAAGAAAAAGGAGAAAAAAAUAGAGCCCAAAAAAAAAAAAAUGGACGAGAGAAGAGAACUAGACGGAGAGAAAGAAGUAAACAAAGAUGAGAAGAGAAGAGUAGAGGAGAAGAGAG